AUGCUUGAUUUCUCCAAACUCAGCCGCCUUAGUAAACUUGACGUUGUGAGUAAUCACUUCACUGGUGUCUUCCCAACUAGCCUUUACUCAUGCAAGUCCCUGAAAGCACUUCGAUUGAGCUUAAAUGACUUAGAUGGACGAAUAGAGCCUGAGAUUCUUUCAUUGAAAUCCCUGUCCUUCCUCUCGCUUUCUGGGAGCAGAAUGUCCAAUAUCACAGGGGCAAUGAACAUAUUGAUGCGCUGCAAAAGUCUCAAAGUGAAGAAAUGCCAAAUGGUGAUGGCCAUGGUUGAUGUUGAUGGAUUCCAAAAUCUUGGCAUUUUGUCUUUUCGUGGUUGUGAGCUCACUGGUUCAUUACCUGUAUGGUUAUCCAAACUAAAGAUGCUAGAGGUCUUGGAUAUGUCCUUAACAGAAUCACAGGCUCAAUUCCGAGUUGGUUGGGGACUCUCCAAGCCUUUUUCACAUAAACUUGGGCAACAACCGAAUUUCAGCAUCAAUGGGAGUAUACCAACCGAGAUCAGCCAAUUGAUCCUUCUUCGUACAUUAGAUCUUAGCGACAACAAUGUCGGUGGAAACAUUCCAGACGAAAUCUCCAGCCUGAAAAUGUUGGAUACGUUGGAUCUUUCAAUGAACCACUUGUCUGGAGAAAUCCCCGCAUCAUUGACAAGCCUUAAUUUCUUGUCCUCUUUGAACGUAUCGUAUAAUAAUCUCGAAGGGCCAAUACCAAAAGGCACUCAGCUCCAAGGCUUUGAUGUCUCUGCAUAUGAGGGGAAUCCAAAACUUUGUGGUGCCCCUCUUUGGAAUGAUUGUCCACUAAUUAAAGGUAACAGCCAAGGACGUGGAGACUGA